UCUCUGUCUUUCUCUCAUUCAGUCUCUCACUCUCUAUAUAUACUCCCCCCUCCCCUUUCGUUCUCUCUCUCUCUCUGUAACCCACCUGUGGAUCCCCUACCUGGGCGAGGGGGCGGGGUCAGUGUGUGAGCACCUGUUGUUGUAAAGAGAGAGAGAGAAAGACGUGCCUUCGCGCUCCUCGAUCGCCCCUUAUCCAAGAGGGAGGGAGGGAGCGGUUGUGCUUUACUUCCGUCGGUUCCUGCUUUUAUGACGUUUGUGUGUGUGUGUGUUGGUGAGUGCGUCCGACCGUGUGUGUUUGUAAUUCCCCUUCCCUUGUGUCCUAAGCCUCCGUCCCAACGCUCCUCCACGGCUCCUGAAGGACUCCGGGAAACCAGAAUUCCUCCCCAGGUGUAGUAGGACAUCACUGCUCUCUGUCUUGGUGUAGUAUGACAUCACUGAUCUGACCAUGGGUUCGUUGUUGACAUACUUUGAGUCCCUGUGUGGGAAAAAAAGGGAAAAAGAGGAAGAGCGGUACAUCCAUGCCAACAACCGACCUCUGAACCUCCCCUAUCAGUACGCUGACAAUGCCAUCAGGACCUCUAAGUACAAUGUCUUCAGCUUCCUACCGCUCAACCUCUUCGAACAGUUCCAGAGGCUGGCCAACGCCUACUUCCUGGUCUUGUUGAUACUGCAGUUAAUCCCUGAGAUCUCGUCCCUAUCCUGGUUCACCACGGUGGUUCCUCUCCUUCUGGUACUCACCAUGACUGCCGUCAAAGACGCCAGCGAUGACAUCAACCGGCACAGAAGCGACAAGCAGGUGAACAACCGUCGCGUGGACGUCCUCAUCGAUGGAGAACUACGGAGUGAGAAGUGGAUGAAUGUUCAGGUUGGAGACGUCAUCAAACUGGAGAACAACCAGUUUGUUACGGCUGAUCUGCUGCUGUUGACCUCCAGCGAGCCUCUGAACCUGGUCUACAUAGAAACGGCUGAGCUGGACGGGGAGACCAACCUGAAGGUGAAACAGGCCCUUACGGUGACAGGAGAUAUCGGCGACAGCAUCCCCGGGCUUGGAAGCUUCAAAGGGGAGGUACGCUGUGAGCCCCCCAACAACCGCCUGGACAAGUUCAAGGGCACGCUGACUGUGAACGGGCAGACAUACGCGCUGGACAACGACAAGGUGCUGCUGAGAGGCUGCACACUCAGGAACACCGAAUGGUGCUUUGGCCUCGUAGUCUUCGGAGGUCCGGAUACCAAGCUGAUGCAGAACUCUGGGAAGACGGUGUUCAAACGGACCAGCAUCGACGGCCUCAUGAACGUGCUGGUUCUGUGUAUCUUUGGCUUUCUGGCCGUGAUGUGCAGCAUCCUGGCGGUGGGUAACGCUAUCUGGGAGGUGAGAGAGGGCUCUGUGUUCAUCGCCUUCCUCCCGCGCCCGAAGGGCGUCAACGCCGGAUUCUCCGCCUUCCUGACCUUCUGGUCCUACGUCAUCAUCCUGAACACUGUGGUGCCCAUCUCGCUCUACGUCAGUGUGGAGAUCAUCCGUCUGGGCAACAGCUUCUACAUCGACUGGGACAGGAAGAUGUACUACCCCAAGAGCGACACCCCGGCACAGGCCCGGACCACCACACUGAACGAGGAGCUGGGCCAGAUCAAGUACAUCUUCAGUGACAAGACCGGGACCCUCACCCAGAACAUCAUGACCUUCAACAAGUGCUCUAUCAACGGGAAGUCCUACGGGGAGGUGGUUGACUUUACGGGACAACGAGUUGAAAUUACGGACAAAACCCAGACGGUGGACUUCACCUGGAACGAGCUGGCCGACCCCAAGUUUGUGUUCCACGACCCCAGCCUGGUGGAGCUGGUGAGGGAGGGGGACCUCGCCGCCCAGCACUUCUUCCGCCUGCUGGCGCUCUGCCACACCGUCAUGCCCGAGGAGAAGACCGAGGGGGAGCUGUACUACCAGGCCCAGUCCCCAGAUGAGGGCGCCCUGGUCACGGCCGCCAGGAACUUCGGCUUCGUGUUCCGAUCCCGAACCCCCGAGUCCAUCCGCAUCAUGGAGAUGGGCCAGGAGGUGACCUACGACCUCCUGGCCGUGCUGGACUUCAACAACGUCCGCAAGAGGAUGUCCGUGAUAGUGCGUAGCCCCAAGGGGAAGCUCAUCCUGUUCUGUAAGGGGGCUGACACCAUCGUGUACGAGAGGCUCCACCCUUCGUGUUUGAAGCUGAAGGACAUCACCACCAGCCAUCUCAAUGAGUAUGCGGGGGACGGCCUCCGCACACUGGCCCUGGCCUACAAGGACCUGGACGACGACUACAUGGAGGACUGGAGGCGGCGCCACCAUGAGGCCAACAUCGCCAUGGAUGGCAAGGAGGAGCGGCUGGACGAGCUGUACGAGGAGAUAGAGAAAGACCUCAUGCUACUUGGAGCGACCGCGGUGGAGGACAAGCUCCAAGAUGGCGUCCCACAGACCAUCGAGCAGCUGGCUAAAGCCGACAUCAAGAUAUGGGUGCUGACAGGGGACAAACAAGAGACGGCGGAAAACAUCGGCUACGCCUGCAACAUGCUGCGGGAGGACAUGACGGAGGUGUUCAUCGUCGCGGCCAACACGGCGGAGGGUGUACGAGAAGAGCUGGAGAAGGCCCGGAGGACGAUGUGCCCAGACGCUCCUGAUAAGCCCGUGGUGGUUGAGGCCCGGGCCGGCCUGUUCUGGCGCCAGAAGACCAGGAAGGUGGAGGAUGAGGCUGUGAACGGAGAGUACGCGCUGGUCAUCAACGGACACAGCCUGGCAUACGCCCUGGAGAAGGACCUGGAGCUGGAGCUGCUGCGGACGGCGUGCAUGUGCCAGACGGUGAUCUGCUGCCGGGUCACGCCGCUGCAGAAGGCCCAGGUGGUGGAGCUGGUGAAGCACUACAAGCAGGCCGUCACGCUGGCCAUCGGCGACGGAGCCAACGACGUCAGCAUGAUCAAGGCGGCCCACAUCGGGGUGGGGAUCUCCGGCCAGGAGGGCAUGCAGGCUGUGCUGUCCAGCGACUUCUCCUUCGCCCAGUUCCGCUACCUGCAGCGCCUCCUGCUGGUGCACGGCCGCUGGUCCUACCUGCGCAUGUGCAAGUUCCUCCGCUACUUCUUCUACAAGAACUUCACCUUCACCUUCGUCCACUUCUGGUACGCCUUCUUCUGCGGCUUCUCAGCGCAGACUGUGUACGACGAGUGGUUCAUCACUCUGUACAACCUGGUCUACACGGCUCUGCCAGUCCUCGGAAUGAGCCUCUUCGACCAGGACGUGAACGACCGCUGGAGCUCCCAGCACCCCCAGCUCUACUCCCCGGGGCAGCUGAACCUCUACUUCAGCAAGAAGGCCUUCGUACGCUGCAUGAUGCACAGCUGCUACAGCUCCCUCAUCCUCUUCUUCAUCCCCUGGGCCGCCAUGUACGACACGGUGCGCGACGACGGCAAGGACAUCGUGGACUACCAGUCCUUCGCCCUGCUGGCGCAGACAUGCCUGCUCAUCGCCGUCACUAUACAGCUGUGUCUGGACACCCACUAUUGGACAGCGGUGAAUCAGUUCUUUGUGUGGGGCAGUCUGUCUGCCUACUUUGCCAUCACCUUCACCAUGUACAGCAACGGCAUGUUUCACAUCUUCACCUCCACCUUUCCCUUCAUUGGCACGGCGAGGAACUCCCUGAACCAGCCCAACGUGUGGCUGACCAUCCUGCUCACCUCCAUCCUCUGUGCUCUGCCCGUGGUCGCAUACCGCUUCACACUCAUCCAGCUGUGGCCCACCAUCAACGACAAGGUGAGACACAAGGUGCGUAAGGAGGCGCUGCCGGCUCCUGCUCCUCGCCGGCCCCCGGCCAGACGUAUCAGCACCCGGCGCUCCGGCUACGCCUUCUCCCACGCCCAGGGCUACGGCGAGCUGGUCACCUCCGGCCGCUUCCUCCUGAGACGCCCGCAGAAGAUCCGCACGGCCCUCCUCUUCCCCCAGUCCGACUCCCCCCUCUCCCAGGGCCAGCCCCAGCUGUACCGCCCCAUCACUGCCCUCAACAGGGUCCCGGAGGAGGGGCAGCCCGCCCAGCAAUCCUAGGGGACAGAGGAGGAGGUGGCACAGUGCUCCUAGGGGACAGAGGAGGAGGUGGCACAGUGCUCCUAGAGGACAGAGGAGGAGGUGGCACAGUGCUCCUAGAGGACAGAGGAGGAGGUGGCACAGUGCUCCUAGAGGACAGAGGAGGAGGUGGCACAGUGCUCCUAGGGGACAGAGGAGGAGGUGGCACAUUGCUCCUAGAGGACAGAGGAGGAGGUGGCACAUUGCUCCUAGGGGACAGAGGAGGAGGUGGCACAUUGCUCCUAGGGGACAGAGGAGGAGGUGGCACAGUGCUCCUAGGGGACAGAGGAGGAGGUGGCACAUUGCUCCUAGAGGACAGAGGAGGAGGUGGCACAGUGCUCCUAGAGGCCUAGAGGACAGAGGAGGAGGUGGCACAGUGCUCCUAGGGGACAGAGGAGGAGGUGGCACAUUGCUCCUAGAGGACAGAGGAGGAGGUGGCACAGUGCUCCUAGGGGACAGAGGAGGAAGUGGCACAUUGCUCCUAGGGGACAGAGGAGGAGGUGGCACAGUGCUCUUAGAGGACAGAGGAGGAGGUGGCACAGUGCUCCUAGAGGCCUAGAGGACAGAGGAGGAAGUGGCACAGUGCUCCUAGGGGAAAGAGGAGGAGGUGGCACAGUGCUCCUAGAGGACAGAGGAGGAGGUGGCACAGUGGUCCUAGGGGAAAGAGGAGGAGGUGGCACAGUGCUCCUAGAGGACAGAGGAGGAGGUGGCACAGUGCUCCUAGAGGACAGAGGAGGAGGUGGCACAGUGGUCCUAGGGGAAAGAGGAGGAGGUGGCACAGUGCUCCUAGAGGACAGAGGAGGAGGUGGCACAGUGCUCCUAGGGGAAAGAGGAGGAGGAGAAGUAAGGAGGAAGCAGUAUGCUCCUAAAGUAUGGAUGAGAAGUAGGUGAAUCUGGAGGUGGAGGUGGAUGAGGAAAUGGACUAUAAAUCUUCCCUUAUGGGGUCAGGGUUGUCUUUGCGGUUAAUGUGUUUGUAAACUACGUCAUUUCAAUGGAAAAGAGGUGUAGUAGACACAUUCACAAAGGGUAUGAUAGUGUAUUAGUUAGGACGUUUGACUCCCAGCUGAAAAGGUUCUGG